CGCAAAUUCCCCACUCCGGCGCACGCAGAUCUACGCCUCUCGCAACACAACCCAGCAUAGUGACUACGAUAAAUUAUAAAGAUGCUUGAAGCUUUUGAGAUUUUGACUAGCUCCGGGGUGGUGCUAUGGUCCAAGUCCUACGCACCAGUUGGCUCCCACGUCGUGAAUAGCCUCAUCAACGAUGUCUUCAUUGAGGAGAAGGUCCAGCUCCAGAACACCACCACAAAUAGUGCCUCUCCGGUUUUCAAAAAGGAGAAAUACACCUUGAAAUGGCGGAGGUCGAAGGAUUUCAACUUAAUCUUUGUGGCCGUCUAUCAAUCGCUUCUCCAUCUCGGGUGGAUCGACAAGCUCCUCGACAACAUAUCGACCAUCUUUAUUGACCUAUACAAGACUCAACUAAAGAGCGAGCGUGUCCGGAUAAUUGAGUAUCCAUUUGAUAAGUACUUUGACCAGCAAGUCCGGGAACUGGAGGAUAAUGCCGGAUUUGCCUCCUCAGACGCUGCUAUGGUGCAUUCGGAGGCAAGAAAAGAUCCGCUUGUCUCGUCUGAUAAUGGUGGCCCGCCGCCGCCAUCAUCCCCUGACCUUCUUAAAGCGCAGCAUCAAGCUGCGCCCGGUGCGGUAACUUCUGAUGAAGGUACACCCCCACAAACUCCCGAAAUUUCUCGGUCAUCUACCCCUCUAUCAUCCCAUAUCAUCGCGGCCAAAGUUGGUCCCGGUGGGCGCGUUUCUCGCCGGGCCCGCAAAGCUGUAAACGCGAGCGCGAACAUCUCGUCCGGUGACGAGCAAAUUCGGAAAGGAAAGACGCCUAAGAGUGGGAAAAAAAUGCGCAAAUGGGAUGCUGAUGGGCUUGCGGAUGAGGAUGAUGGAACUGUUUUAGAUUACUCUGCGACUGCUGAUGCAGAGGGUGCAUCGGUGCCAGCGGUGGAAGGCGUCCCGCAGGACACUUGGGGUCGCCGUACCGGAAAGGGCCAAUUUGUUUUGAAGGAUCUUGGUGAUGAAGUCCACUCCAUUCUAGAGAAUGCAGACAAUGAGAAGGCCAAAUCCGCGGCGCCCACAGGCUUUGUCGGCUCUGGCUUCAGUGCAAUUGGAGGCCUUCUACGCAAUAUUGUUGGCGGUAAGGUUUUAACUGAAGCUGAUCUAGAAAAGCCCUUGAAGGCCAUGGAAGAUCACUUACUCAAGAAAAACGUUGCGCGGGAGGCAGCAGUGCGGCUGUGUGAAGGAGUGAAACAAGAGCUUGUUGGGAAGAAGACUGGAAAUUUCCAGAGCGUGGAUGCUGCCUUGAAUACGGCGAUGGAGUCAUCGCUGCGCAAGAUCUUGACGCCUACCUCUUCCCUCGACCUCCUGCACGAAAUUGAUACCGUCACUCACCCCAAGAGCAAACAAGCCACCUCUCGGCCCUACGUGAUCUCGAUUGUGGGUGUUAACGGGGUCGGAAAGUCAACGAAUUUGGGAAAAAUUUGCUAUUUCCUGCUACAAAACAAUUACCGUGUUCUUAUUGCGGCUUGCGAUACUUUCAGAUCUGGAGCCGUUGAGCAGCUCCGCGUUCAUGCGCGGAACCUUGCGGAGCUUAGUGCCCGUGAAAGUGCCGGCGAGGUCGAGUUGUACGAGAAGGGAUAUGGCAAGGAUGCCGCAAAUGUGGCCAAGGACGCCGUGGAGUACGGCGCCGCCAACAAGUUCGAUGUGGUUCUCAUUGAUACUGCUGGACGUCGCCAUAAUGACCAGCGCCUCAUGUCGUCGCUAGAGAAAUUUGCCAAGUUUGCCAAACCCGACAAGAUUUUCAUGGUUGGAGAAGCCUUGGUGGGUACAGACAGCGUGAUGCAGGCUCGGAAUUUCAAUCAAGCCUUCGGUGCCGGGAGGAACCUGGAUGGAUUUAUCAUUAGCAAGUGCGAUACUGUCGGCGAUAUGGUGGGUACCCUUGUAAGCAUGGUGCAUGCUACAGGUAUUCCUAUUGUGUUCUUGGGCGUCGGCCAACACUACGGUGAUUUGAGGGGAUUGAGCGUCCCUUGGGCUGUCAAUUUGUUGAUGAAGUGAGAUUUUCCAUGGGGGACUGGUUCCAUGAGGCUGGACUCUUUUUUCUCUUCGAGUAGUUUGAAUUAUUAAUUGUUCUUGUCGAUUAUAUAUUCUAGAAGAGAGACCGGUAGACGAUGCCCUGUAAUUUCACCAGCCACCCUAAAGUACGGAGUACUUGUGUAGUUAAUAAGG